UUGUAUGUUUUAUGUAUAAGUCAAGAUGAGCCUGGGUUUCAGGCUCCUGUUUUAAUGUCUUGCCGUUGUGCUGUGUACUCAUCUAGGCUGGUUUGGUUUCUCGUGAAAACCCUGAUCAGCUGAUCAUUGCUCUGGAACCAGAGGCUGCGUCCAUUUACUGCAGAAAGCUCCGUCUCCACCAAAUGGUUGAUUUGGGCAACAAAACGGCCUUGAACGGUUACAGCCCGACUGAGAAUGUUGGGAUGGGAAUGACCCAGGCCAAGGAGCAUGUGCGCCGUAACCGACAGAGCCGUACCUUUCUGGUGGAGAAUGUCAUAGGAGAGCUCUGGUCUGAACUCACUGAAGGUGACCGUUAUGUGGUUGUGGAUUGUGGAGGAGGGACGGUGGAUCUUACUGUGCAUCAGAUCCGCAUGCCGGAAGGGCACUUGAAGGAGCUUUACAAAGCCUCAGGAGGCCCAUACGGCUCUAUCGGUAUAGAUUAUGAAUUUGAGAAGCUCCUGUGUAAGAUAUUCGGACAGGAUUUCAUUGACCAGUUUAAGAUCAAGCGUCCUGCUGCCUGGGUGGAUCUGAUGAUUGCGUUUGAGUCUCGUAAGAGGGCGGCGACUCCUGACCGAAGCAACCCGUUGAAUAUUAACCUGCCCUUCUCUUUCAUCGACUACUACAAGAAAUUCAGAGGACACAGCGUAGAGCAUGCGCUGAGGAAGAGCAAUGUGGACUUUGUGAAGUGGUCUUCGCAGGGCAUGCUGAGGAUGAAUCCAGAUGCAAUGAAUGCACUGUUCAAACCAACUAUAGACCACAUUAUACAGCACCUGACUGAGUUAUUCGAUAGGCCAGAGGUGACAGACAUUAAGUUUCUUUUCCUGGUGGGAGGAUUCGCAGAGUCUGCUCUGCUGCAACAGGCGGUUCAGAAGAUGCUUCAGGGCCGCAGCCGAAUUAUUAUUCCGCAUGACGUGGGCUUGACCAUCCUCAAGGGGGCGGUGUUGUUCGGCCUGGAUCCCAGCAUCAUAAAGGUCCGCCGCUCUCCACUCACCUACGGCGUGGGCGUCCUGAACCGUUUCGUAGAGGGGAAGCACCCGCCGGAGAAGUUGCUUGUGAAGGGCAGUACGCGCUGGUGCACCGAUGUCUUCGAUACAUUCAUCUCUGUCGAUCAGUCAGUGGCGCUGGGUGAAACGGUAAAACGCAGCUACACGCCGGCGAAGCCGUCACAGCAAGUGAUCGUCAUUCACGUAUACUGCUCAGAAAAAGAGUCGGUCAGUUUCAUCACGGACCCAGGAGUGAGGAAGUGUGGUACACUGAAGCUGGAUGUGAGCGGUACUGAGAGUCCGGCGGCACGAAGAGAGAUCCAGACGCUCAUGCAGUUUGGAGACACUGAGAUAAGAGCCAUGGCUGUCGACGUGGCAACCUCUCGCAGUGUCAAAGCGAGCAUCGAUUUCCUUAGUCAAUAGAAGAAGAUGAGGGACGAGUAAACCCCACACUGCAGAAGCUCAGCAUUUUAGUUUUCCAGUAAAAAUAUCCAAACAUCCUUAAAACAUGAUAUGUUUGUUACUUUUAAAAUGGCCAAAGUGACUAUAGAGACAUUUGUUAUAAAGGAUUUCUAUUUCAAUCAAAUGUAAACAUACGUUCAUCAUAGAAUCCAGAAAAAAAAACACAUGUAUCACGCAUUCCACAAAAAUAUUAAGCAGCACAACUCUUUUCAAAAAUAAGAAAAGUAUCUUAAGCGCCAAAGUAGCAUAUUCAAACGAUUUCUGGAGAAUCAUGUGACAGAAGGCUGGAGUAAUGUUAAUAAUUACAUCUUUUU